GGCUCGCUCGCGCGGCAGCGGUAGCCGAGGCCUCUUAGUUCUGCGGCACGUGACGGUCGGGCCGCCUCCGCCGCUGUCUCCACUGCAGCGCGGGGCCGGGUGUGCGGGUGGGAGAAGGUGCGGGAGCCGUCAGUGGUCCCCGGGAGGCUCGAGGUAGAUCAUGGAAGGGAAGUGGUUACUGUGUUUGCUACUGGUCCUUGGAACUAUAGCUGUUCAGGCCCAUGAUGGACAUGAUGAUGACAUGAUUGAUAUUGAAGAUGAUCUUGAUGAUGUUAUUGAAGAGGUAGAAGAUUCGAAAUCGAAAUCAGAUUCCAGUACUCCUCCAUCUCCAAAGGUCACCUACAAAGCUCCAGUUCCAACAGGGGAAGUUUAUUUUGCUGACUCCUUUGAUAGAGGGUCUCUAUCAGGGUGGAUUUUAUCUAAAGCCAAAAAAGAUGACACUGAUGAUGAAAUUGCCAAAUAUGAUGGAAAGUGGGAGGUAGAUGAAAUGAAGGACACAAAGCUUCCAGGUGAUAAAGGACUUGUACUGAUGUCUCGAGCCAAGCAUCAUGCCAUCUCUGCUAAACUGAACAAGCCCUUCCUGUUUGACACCAAGCCUCUCAUUGUUCAGUAUGAGGUUAAUUUUCAGAAUGGAAUAGAAUGUGGUGGUGCCUAUGUGAAGCUGCUUUCCAAGACCUCAGAACUCAACUUGGAUCAAUUCCACGACAAGACUCCCUAUACUAUUAUGUUUGGUCCAGAUAAAUGUGGAGAAGACUACAAACUGCACUUCAUUUUUCGCCACAAAAACCCCAAGACAGGUGUAUAUGAAGAAAAGCAUGCUAAGAGGCCAGAUGCAGAUCUGAAGAUGUAUUUUACUGACAAGAAAACUCAUCUUUACACAUUAGUCUUGAAUCCAGACAAUAGUUUUGAAAUAUUAGUUGACCAGUUUAUUGUGAACAGUGGAAAUCUGCUAAAUGAUAUGACUCCUGCUGUAAACCCUUCACGUGAAAUUGAGGACCCAGAAGACCAGAAGCCUGAGGAUUGGGAUGAAAGACCCAAAAUACCAGAUCCAGAUGCUGUCAAGCCAGAUGAUUGGGAUGAAGAUGCCCCUGCUAAGAUUCCAGAUGAAGAGGCCACAAAGCCUGAAGGCUGGUUAGAUGAUGAGCCUGAGUACAUCCCAGACCCCGAUGCAGACAAGCCAGAGGAUUGGGAUGAGGAUAUGGAUGGAGAAUGGGAAGCUCCUCAGAUUGCCAACCCUAAAUGUGAAUCAGCCCCUGGUUGUGGAGUCUGGCAGCGACCUAUGAUUGACAACCCCAAUUAUAAGGGCAAAUGGAAGCCUCCCAUGAUUGACAAUCCUAACUACCAGGGAGUCUGGAAACCAAGGAAAAUACCAAAUCCAGAUUUCUUUGAAGACCUAGAACCUUUUAAGAUGACUCCUUUCAGUGCUAUUGGUUUGGAGCUCUGGUCCAUGACUUCAGACAUUUUUUUUGACAACUUUAUCAUUAGUGGUGACCGAAGGGUGGUUGAUGAUUGGGCCAAUGAUGGGUGGGGCCUGAAGAAAGCUGCUGAUGGGGCUGCCGAGCCAGGUGUAGUGGGGCAGAUGCUGGAAGCAGCUGAAGAGCGUCCGUGGCUCUGGGUGGUCUACAUUCUGACUGUAGCUUUGCCAGUGUUUCUUGUGAUCCUCUUCUGCUGCUCUGGAAAGAAACAGUCCAGUGCUAUGGAGUACAAGAAGACAGAUGCUCCCCAGCCAGAUGUGAAGGAAGAAGAUGGGAAGGAAGAAGAGAAGAACAAGGGGGAUGAAGAGGAAGAAGGAGAAGAGAAGCUUGAAGAGAAACAGAAAAGUGAUGCUGAAGAUGAUGGUGGCACUGGCAGUCAAGAUGAGGAAGAUAGAAAACCUACUGCAGAGGAGGAUGAAAUUUUGAACAGAUCACCAAGAAACAGAAAGCCACGAAGAGAGUGAAAUAAUCUUAAGAACUUGAUCUGUGAUUUCCUCUCCCUCCCCUUCCCUUGCAAGUGUGGUCCUAGGAGAGGGCCUGGUAUACCUUAGGUGGGAACUCAGAAAACCUCAAGACGUCACCAUCUACAGGUUCCAGUGAAUACUAGUCUGUAAUUUAAACAUCUAGCAGUAAAUAAUUGCAGUUGUAAAGGACCCUGUUUCUGUAGAAAAGAACAUUUAACAUAAUGGUUGUGAAAUGUAACAUGAAGCAACUAACUUGUGUUUUUGUUUUGAUGUUUUUAAAAUCUUUGGGUUCCCUCCCCCUUUUUUUUCCUUCCUUUUUUUAGGUAGAAUUUUUGCCGGUUUAAAAUCUUGGCUUAAUUUAAUAUAUUAAUCUGUUCAUGCAGAAAUAACACCAACAUUAGGAAUGCUAGGGAGAAUGAAUUGCAGUUUUUAUAACAAUUUUUUUUAAGUUUGGUAUUAAAACAUUCAUGUGUCUCUGUCCCUAAAAUUGUAAUCACGUUCUAGUGCAGUCAUUUGUGGUUAUAAUCUUGUUUUGUGUGCUUCCAUGCUUAAUUUCUCCUAAGGGCAUAGGAGAGGAAUUGGAUGGAAGCCCAAAUUUAUAUCAAAGUUCCUUUUGAGUUGUAUUGACUAGACCCAAAAUGGACUAAAGACUUUUCAGUUGGUGUUGGUCAGAUCAUAAAGUACAGUGUUCUGUUGCCCUUGGGACUGCUCCAUUCACAAACAGCUUUGCAGAGGAGAGGAGCUGUACUUCCCACAUAGGACGCCAGACUGCUCACAUCCUCGGGAGCACAUGGCUUUUUAAGGAAUGCUGGUGGUGCCUAGGUACACAACUUCAUCACUUGUUCUACUGUGUUGACAUUGUCUCAUGGAUCUCCUCAGUGCCCAGCUUUCUCUGCUAUGCAUUUUUCUUCAUAGCGCAGCUUGCAGUCCGUUGCUGAAAAUUAUAAGCUCUGCAUAGUGUUAGCUCUACUGUGAUUACAUCUGUUUCUUAUUUUAAGCAGGCCCAUACCUUUCCAGGGUCCAACUACAGGAUAGAUUACAGACUUCAUUAGUGUCUAUUUCUUUUACUCUGUGUAGACUUUAGAAAGUCUAACCCAGAGGUGGGCCAAUUCAGAAUUGACUGUAAUUGAACAUAGACUAAAAGUGUUUGGGAGGAUUGACACAUAGCAUGAGUUAUUUGACUUUUGUAGGAUAUUUAAAAAUCUUCAUUUGCAGUUCAUGUAACAGUUGUGUCUUAAAAUUCACACAAUAAAGCAGUCCUGUUCAAAAUUUUAUUGUGGCCUGAAGAAUGUUUUACAGUGAGUUUAGAGUUGUUUUGUUUUUGAUGUGAAAUGCAGACGGGUGCUAGAAGAGCCUCUUCCGCAUCACUGUAGUGUACUAAUAUCGUUGUUACACCACACUGAAAUGUAUUCAGACACGCUUCAACUUCGUUCUUUCUCCAGAGCCUCUUCCGAAUCACUGUAGUGUACUAAUACCGUUGUUACACCACACUGAAAUGUAUUCAGAAACACGUUUCAACUUCGUUCUUUCUCCAGAGGCGUUCCAAUUGUACCGAUGAUACUGUUCCUUGCACUGAAUAUAUAUAAACACACCAUAGUGUUUAUAUUGGGGAGAUACUGGGAAAGAAAUAUAUUUGUAAAGGAUGAAGGCUAUGUUAUUUGUUGUCUUUUUAAACACUGGUUCAUUUCUUUUGAGGGUGGAAUUCAUUUUCUUGCUGUUCAGUGCUUUAUCCCCAUCUGUUUGUGGUUACAUGACCAUAGCUAUGUAGCUGACGUUCCCAAAUUGUAUAGAGUGAAAUAAACAGUUACUAGCAAGAAA